AUGUGUCACUACUACGGCAAAGUCAACACGGAGCACAUCGAGGCUGAUGUAUUCGAAGAUGAGACGCUCCCGUGCCCGGUGUGCCACGCGUGGGUGCGAAGAGUGGACAGGCUCUGGAAGAUGUUCACGGACGAGCUGGUAUCCGAAAAGUUGCUGGGGAAAGGCAGGUUCUCCAAAGCUGAGAUCCAGGCAUUGACGGAGAGAAGAAACGAGGCGACGUUUUACUUCCCGGAUUUCUGGAACCAUUUUGACGAGCUGGAGAAGGGUCAGAAAGACAUGUUUGAGAGGUGCUACCGCCAGGCAUUGCACCAACACCUGGGUUGGAAGACAACGGGGCCCGUGUGGGAGUGGAGGAAACAUGGCAAUGCCGAUUUACCCAACAUUUAUGCCAACCUGUGUGCCGGUGCGUACGUCGAGGAGGAGACCGGAGACGAGAGGACCAGAGACGACACCCCUACUGGAGAGGAGGAUCGGGGCCGACGUUAA